AGCGCGCUCCAGGUUGUAAGGACACUUUAUUACUUUACUCAUUUUUCGCCUUUUAUUGUGUUCUGCGAGAAUUUUUGGUAUUAGUUUCUUUGUAUUUAGACGUCGUGUUUGUUUCUGGUUUUGUGUUUUUAUCUGUGCUGGAAGUAAUACUUGUGCGUAUAUUGUAUGGGAAGGCGGCAACAUGGGAUCUUCGCCCAGUAUUAUGAAACCAGACGAGCUCAUCGAGUUCAGGAAGCUGAACACGUCCAUCGAAAAUGUGGAAGUGCCCGCACGACCGGAAAACAGGAUUGUCACGGAUAAGAAGGGAUUCGUCAUUUUUGGCAUUUCCAUACUAAUUUUGAUACCUUUCGUAGUAUACACCUUGGUAAACGUGGAUUUUAGAUACAUGAAUUACGAUACCGACAGCUGCGGAAACUUCUGUGGGCACAAAAACCCCGUAGUCGAAGGUGUUCCUUGCUCGGGUGGAGAUUUUACAUCGAAACCAGUCUUGGGUGCAAUGGAUGAAUGUAUUGCACGUAAUUCCGGGCCAAUCAUGAUUGUGCGACAACUAAGAUUACUAAACAAUCCGUCCGACGCUGCCUUUCUUCUAAAAGAUAAAAGCAUAUGGAGGUCCGUUUUGGUGAUAUUCCUUCCAACGGUUCUAGGUGUGCUCACACUGGUACUGUUGAGGUUUGUUCCAGCUCCGUUUGUGUGCGGAAAUUUUAUUUUUUCGGGGCUAGUUUUACUGGAUACUACUGCAUUUUUAUGGGUUCUAUACUUCCGAGGGACUCGAAUGCCUUUGGUACCCGUUGUUGCCUGGACAAUUUUUGCUGUCACAAUACUGAUCAUUUUUAUAGUCAUAUUUAAAAGAAUCCGUUUGGUUAUUCAGUUAUAUAAAGAAGCAACCAAAGUUCUUGCUGCUAUGCCCUUAGUAGUGUUAUUUUCUAUAUUCAUAGCAUUCAUCCAAGUAGUUGUGUUUAUAGCUGCCAUUGUUAACAUCAGCUACAUGUCUAACUCUACAACACCGACAAAGCGUGACGAAAAUAAGUACACGUACGAACUAUCUGCAGUUGCAAUUUUCACAAUGGUUUUUAAUAUAAUCGUAACCCUUUGGUUUAUGCGAUUUCUUGCGGGAAUUCAAUAUAUGACCGUUGCUGGAGGCGUAGCACGGUGGUACUUUUCCAAAAACAACGAUCAGUUGAAUUCUCCAGUUUGGUCUAGUUUUAAAGUUACAGUCAGGUACCACCUUGGUACUAUCGCAUUUGGAUCUCUCUUAAUGACGCUGUUCGCCGUAGUGAAGAUCUUUCUAAAACUGUGUUGCAGAAAUUCGUGCUCCAAGUGUUGCACGAAGUUGUGCUGUAACUAUGCGGAAGUGCUUCUCAAAUUCUUGUCUGGAAAUUCUUAUACUCUGACAGCAAUCCAUGGGCAAUCUUUUCUGAGAUCCGCCAGACGAGCUACCAAAUUACUUUUGACAAAUAUCGGUAACAUCGUGGCUGUAAACUGUGUUGGAGAUUUUGUUUUUGGAGUAUUUAUAAUGCUGAUCUGUGCACUCGCCACAGUAUUUUACUUUAAUUUAUUUAACUAUAGGAUUACAUUUGAAAUUGCAACCAUUUAUUUUUUCAUAAAUGCCAUCAUUAUUUACGUAAUAUUUGGGACAUUUCAAACUAUCAUCGACGCUCUCUUCAUAUGCUUCUGUGAAGAUUCAGUCAUGAAUGACGGUAUAUCAAGACCAUACUAUAGGUCUCGAGGUUUGAUGGAGUUUAUGGAAAGUACGAAGAAGACGCUGGGACGACAACAUACACAACAAUAAAGUCCCAAUUUACAACGAAAACCGAUAGAAACGUCUCAGGGGCAUAUCUAGUUUUACUUCUGCCUGUACUGAUACUCUUCCUGAAACGAAAUUUGCAACUUAUUGUAUUUACUUGAGCGUAUAUUAAAGUUUAAAUUA